AGCGAGUGACCCCGGAACAGGAAGCUCCACGAAAUUUGUCCGAAAGAUUCUUUCCCAGAGAAGGCGGAAGAAACCCCUGACAAUAGAAUGGAGGGACAAACGCUCUCCGCUCUCCCGGACUCGCUUCUGCUCCAGAUUCUGGAGUGGCUGCCGCCACGUGACCGACUGGGUGGGGCCAGGGUCUGCAGACGGUGGCGUCGCUUGGUGCGGGACAAGUUUCUGUGGAGACACUUAGACCUGACCCCUUACAAAAUGUCUUCCAAGGCCCUAUGGCACCUGUUGCGUAACCAUCUCCGAGGCAGCCUGCGGACUCUGAAGGCACGGGGAUCGCUGCACUCCACUCGCAAACAAGAAGUGUUUACCCCAGCAUUAAUGAAGGCCUUGGGCAAGCAGUGCCCCACUCUCCAUCACCUGUGCCUGAUGGAGACGGACCUCCGCUCACUCUCCUAUGACAGCCUCCCCUCCUCUCUCACAACCCUGGAACUGAGCUGCUGCGAGAUCUCUUCUCUGUGGUUCAAAGUGCCUGAAACCUCUCAGACCCAUACAGCCUUCCCGAGGAUCCAGCACCUUGUUAUCCGGAAUGUCCCUUCCUUCUCCAACCAGCACCUGUUGAACAUCUCAGUCCAGGGCACUCUCAAGACUCUUGUCCUGUCCGAAGCCUACCGGGUCACAGAUGCAGGGAUCCAGGCAGCAGCGCCGCAUCUGGGAGACCUCGAGCACCUUGCCCUGCGUCGCUGUAGCAUUGGCAACUUAGUCACACACUUCAUCGGGCCCCACAUGAAGCGUCUGCGCCGUUUAGACCUCGGGGGCAGUUCCUCUUUGGAGAACAUAGGUCUUCCUUGCUUAACCAGCUUGGUAGGCUUGGAGGAUCUCUGCCUGGAGUCCUGCCACAGGCUUUCCCCUGAGGCCAUUGUGGCCGUUUGCCAGAAAUUGCCCCAGCUAAGGCAUCUUGAUUUAAGCGGGAUAGAGGUUGAAGACCUGAUGAUCCACAAAAUCCGGGCGGGUUUGCCAAGCUGUGUUGUGACAAAUGCUGUCUCUGCUGCAGAUUCCAGUGUGGAGUCUGCACAGUGAGUCUGUGCAUAUUGUGGUCAAAAGAUGGCAGCACUGAGGUGCGUCUGCUCCACCGCUUCCUGCCCUAUAAAGUAGUGCUUCUGUGCUAAUCUGGAAACGCAGGAGGUAGGGAAAGGCAAGUACCUUCCAAAGCAGGCUUUCGGAAGCAGAUAGUUUAACUCCUGUUGCACAGAGUGCAUGGCCAAUGUUGGCGUCACAGUUUCCCCUGGCUUUGGUGUGGAUAGAGGGGGUAGGAGGGGAGACGAACCAGUAAGGGCUGCACAAGUAAUUUUGUGGGCUCCAGGCAUUUAGAUGUAUAUCAGAUGCAUAUAACAGUGCUUUUUGGAAACAACUGUGUAACCCCAACUCUGAAUUCCUGGUUUUGAUAUUAAAAGCUCCUCUCUCCCAAUACAAUCCAUCCCUUCCCAUCUUUUGAAUGAUUCAGGUCAAGUGUGGGCUUUUUUUAAUAGGCAAGAUGAUUGCUCCUCUAAAAUGACACGUUUGAACUUCAAGAGCUUUAUCAUAUUUGGUUGUUUGUAACACCAGUCUCUGUUAGUGUUUUAAUGUUAGCAUUUUAAUAAAAGUAAGUUACUAGUU